AUGACAACCCUCAACUUGAAUACCCUCUUCACCUCCCUCCCCACCAAAAACUGGACCCUCCUCCGAGUCCUCAAAAGCGCCAACCCGCACGACAUCAACGGCAACCUGCACGGCACCGCAUCCUUCACCUCUCUUCCUGACACCACACAAGAUCCCCCCUCCCCGCAGCGCCAACUCCUCUACACCGAGACGGGCACCCUGCCGCCACACAUCGGACAUAAUCUCCAAUGGAAGAAGAGUUAUAUCUGGAGGUUGAAACCAUCCCCAUCUACAGCGACAUUCACACCUACAGUUAAGGAUGAUUUAUCCGUCUGGUUUGUGAAAGUGGGUGAUGAGAAGGUCGCGGAUUAUUUGUUUCAUGGGAUGGAGUUUCUUGAUAAUGAUGAAUCUGGGAGUGGUGGGGAUGUGGAUAAGGAUAAGGAUGAGGAAGGGGAGGAGUUUGUGAGUGCGCCGGUGCCGCCGCCGGCGACUAUACCUGGAGGAGAAGGACGGGGGAAACAGACGGUGGUGGUUACGGCGAGGGGGAAUCAUCUCUGUAUUAAUGAUAUGUAUCGGACGGCGUAUGCGUUUCGGGUGGUGAAGACUGAGGAUGAUAGUGAUGGUGGGGAUGGGGAUGGGGAUGGGAUUGGGGAGGUGGUUAGUUGGGCGAGUAGACAUGUGGUCAAGGGGCCGAAGAAGGAUCAGGAUAUUGUGAAUUAUUAUACGGUGAGGGAGGGGGUUUAG